AGCCCCAAGUAGGUCCAGCGCAGCUGCGAGGUGUCUUCCUGCACACGGAGCACGAGCAGAGGAAGUCGAAGACGGUCACACAAGCCGACAUGAAGGUGGAAUUACUCCCGGCCCUCACAGACAACUACAUGUACCUCCUCAUUGAUGAGGAAACAAAGGAGGCUGCGAUAGUUGAUCCUGUGCAGCCCCAGAAGGUUUUGGAUGCAGUCAAAAAGCACGGCGUGAAGCUGACCACCGUCCUGACCACACAUCAUCACUGGGACCACGCUGGAGGAAACGAGAAGCUGGUGAAGAUGGAGGCGGGGUUGCGCGUGUACGGGGGAGACAGCAGAGUCGGAGCGCUGACGCAGAAAGUGUCUCACCUCACGUCGCUCAAGGUGGGAUCUCUUAAUGUGAAAUGCCUCUGUACGCCGUGUCACACUUCUGGACACAUCUGUUAUUAUGUGACUAAGCCAAAUAGCUCCGAGCCACCUGCUGUUUUUACAGGUGACACGCUGUUUGUGGCUGGUUGUGGGAAGUUCUUCGAGGGAACCCCGGAGGAAAUGUACAGAGCGCUGAUUGAGAUUUUGGGCGGCUUGGACCCCGAAACGAGAGUUUACUGCGGUCACGAAUACACGAUCAACAACCUCAAGUUUGCUCGACACGUUGAACCCAACAACGCCACUAUCCAGGAGAAGCUUGCUUGGGCCAAGGCGAAGUACGACAGCGGGGAGCCAACCAUACCCUCCACCAUCGCUGAGGAGUUCACGUACAACCCCUUCAUGCGAGUGAGGUGCGGAGGGGAUGCGGGGCUGGGAGGGCACGCGGGCGAGACCGACCCCAUCCGGACGAUGGGGGCCAUCAGAAGAGAGAAGGAUAACUUCCGAGUCCCGAAGGACUGAGCACGCUGCCUGGAUCACUUUCAUGUCAGUUUAAGUGUCAUUUAGACUAUUCAGAUGUUUUAGGAGUUGAACCUUCUGUUGUGGUCGAGACAGUCAUAUUUAGGUUUUUAUUUUGGUUUAAUUAAGGAAACAAAAAAAGCACUUUGCCCUUAUUGAGAUGUUCUACAGCAUAUUUAUAUGAUGAUGAAGAAUAUUUAUGCUUCUGUUGCUGGCGCUCGGACUGUCACGUGUGUCCCGUGCAGAUCAU